UUCUAAAAUGGAAAAAUGGAGGAUUUUUUGGGGGUUUGCUUAAAGCGAGGUGGAGGCGACGGUAGGCGGGGAUAUUUCUGAGAGGGAAAAGUUGCAGCGAGAGGGGAAGAUGAAGGAGUGCGAGCUGUGCAAGAAGCCGGCGAGGAUACACUGUGAGUCGGACCAGGCGAGCCUCUGCUUGGCCUGCGACGCGAAGGUCCACUCGGCGAACUUCCUCGUGGCCAGGCACUCGAGGACCCUGCUGUGCCAGUCUUGCCAGGCGCCCACGCCGUGGCGCGCCGCCGGGGCCCGGCUGGUUCCGGUGAUCUCCGUGUGCCUCAAGUGCGUCGGGAGGUGUAGGGGUGAGCCGGCGUCCGACCUCGAGGUCGAUAGCCGGGAGAGGAUGAUCGCUGGAGAGGGGGACGAGGAGGAGACGGACGACGGCGAGGAGGACGAUGUUGAAGCGGAAGAGGUGGAGGAGCAGGAGGAAGAGGAAAAGGAGGACGGAGAGAACCAGGUGGUUCCGUGGACGUCUUCGCUGUCUGGGCCGGCGGCGAGCCCUAGUAGUGGGGAAGAGUCUUUCAGAAGAGGCGGCCACGACGGGUGUGCUGGCUUUGGCGCGGAGACUGCGGCGGCCGUCUCGAUGAAACGGAAACUCGAUGACGGCGAUUUCAUCCAUCAGGAAUGGAACGGAUGCUCGUCGUCUCAGGCGAACUGCGGCGUGGCGGAUGAUGAGGCGACGUCCUCCUCCCCAACAAGGUCGCCGAAGGAGCUCAAGAUAGUACCCGUCGACAGCGAGGGCGCGGGGAGCUCAAGGAGACUGCAGUCCAACAUGCUCAAUGGCCCCCUGACGACCGCCGUCCAGCUCAGUAAAGGCCCUCCCCGUCGUCGAUCUGACUUCUGAUGUCUCCUAAAAUCGACUGUAAAAAGAAGCAAAAUCCUGGAAGCGUCACACCUUCCUGUCUUUCUUUUUUUUUUUUCUGCCCUCUUCUUUAGACCCAUCUAACCUCAUCCACCACGCCACCGCCAACGGCAAUAACAUAAAUGUCCGAUGAGAUUGCAGACUUCUGAAAAUGAAAGAAGGGUAAAUUUUUAUACUUA